GGCUCGAGGAGGGCGGAGAGCGCCCCUGGUGGGCGCGGCGGGCGCGGCCUUCACUGUACUAACAAUUUCGCCGUAGGAUUUCGUGAUUACGUGAUAGACUAAGAGAAGCAUUCCGAUACAGAUCGACGCAUUAUAUUGGCAGAUUUGUGAAACUUCUUCUAUGACUGCAUAGUCAAGACGGCUUAGAGAUGAUUCGACGGAGAGGAAGGAGUCAAUCCAUUUACCACAUAGUGGAGAAGGAUGCGGAUGUCGAUGAGGAUGAGCAUAUCGAUAUACAAGAGAGCAGCGAAAAAGUUGCUGCUAUGGAUGGCAAGUUCUUUGAACAGUUUAUAGCCUUGAGAUUUGCUGAUGGAGAAGCCGGCCAAGAUACAUUCAAACCCAUUCAGGAUUCAUCAGCAAACAACAACUCUGCCAUCGAUUUCACCCAGUGUAGGGGCAUCUAUAAAGACAUUUCCCGUCCAACUCACAAAGAGGCUGAGUUCUUCUACAAAUCUGCUCUCAUUACAAUCAACCAGAGACUUGGGGUGAACUAUGAGAUGAAAGACCUGCCCAAUGCUCAGCUCUUUAAGUAUGCACAAGAGACCUUGAAUGUAAAUCCCCAAGAACAUGAAGCACUAUUAGAGAGAGUGUCAAAUAGCCUGCCGCCUGCUCUAAUCAUGGUUGUGGAUGUAAUAUCAGCUAAAGGUUUGCUGGCAAAAGACUCAAAUGGUCUGAGCGAUCCAUUCUGUGUUCUGGGCAUCGUCGCUCUGUGGAGGGAGAACACUUCGGAAGGUGGAAAGCACAAGAUGUCGCACUCCAGGCACGAUCUCCUGCUCGACCACGCAAGCAAGGACUCCCUCUGUGUCACGGAGGUCAAGGAGAAGACCCUGUGUCCGACCUGGAGGGAACAGUUCAGAUUUGAUGUUGGUGAUGUCAACAAUGAACAGCUGCAGGUUGAAGUGUGGGAUCAUGAUGAGGACUCUUCAGUAGGGCAACUUAUAAAGAAGAAUGCAGGAGAUGUUUCCAAUCUGAAGGGUAUGGGAAGAUUCUUUAAGGAGAUAGCUCAAUCAGCCAAGAAGGAUGGAAAGAAUCUGGAUGACUUCCUAGGAUGGGUCACCAUACCACUCAAUACCAUAUCAAGUCAAGGUUUAGAAUGUUCUUUUCCUCUGCAAAGCCGGGGAAAGAGUAAGGUGGAAGGAGAGCUCAAACUGAAAUUACAACUAGCACUCAAGAAGGAUGCGCCCAAGGCAAGCACGGAGGCCAUGGGGGCUACCCACCAGUACCUCUGGUAUAACUUCACCCAUCAUGAGGUGUGUGAUAACGCCAUGACAGAGUACAGAUGGAGCGGUCAGCUUCCUCCAGCACCCAGGGCAGUCCUGCAUCAACUCGCUCAACAACAACAGCUACCAGAAAUCUACCAACUUGCCAGCCAGUGGAUAGCAUACAGUCAGCAGUGUGUGUUGCCUCGUCUAGACCUCAAUGUUAUGCUAUCCAUCAUCACAGGUAUAACUAACCUCUGGGAUAAGGGCCCCCCAGAUGAACAAAUGGUGACAUAUCUUCACAAGUCUUGCAGUGAGUUUGUAGAACAUUCUAUGAGGAUGUUACAGAAGCAACAUGAAGCUUUCCCAUUCAGAGACACCCAGGCCGUCCUACAACUUCAUCUUCUCCUCAGAUGCAUGGUUCUGAUCAAGCAGCUAAGUGAGAAGCUGUCCUGGGGUAUUUUUAAGGAGAAUGUGAAAGACCUCAUCACAGAUGCUAUUAAGACAAGCACCAAAGAUUGGUGUGAGAAGCAAAUCCUGCUAUGCGAGGAGGUCCAUGAAGCCAAGAAGAACAUCCUCUUCCAAGACGAUGAAGACUUUGAAGGCGAUGACGGAGAGGAGACAGAGGAAUCCAAGAAAGUAGCCAUCCUAGUCAAUCUCAUUGAGAAUAUGAUCAACCAUGUUAAAGUCCAGAUCAGACAGCCAUCUAUCAUUUAUAAGAAGGCCUUCGAUAUUGAUUUCACCAUGCUUAUACAUACAGAACUAGCUGACAAGAUCAUGGCUGAGAUCAAAGAUGUUGUAUCCCGUGUGGGGAAGCUUUCCCGGAAUGACAGCCACCAGACGGCCAUUGCUCUGUUCUCACUCUUCCUGGCUGUCAGGGGCUUCCAUACAGCGGCAGAUAGAUCGUAUCGUUCAGACUUGGAGACCAAGAACUAUCACAUGGUUUUCAAGAAGUCUGUAGAGCAGUGGUUUGAGCUCGCGAGGAGCAAGGCCAGAGCACGCAUACAGAAGGCUGUGGAAGUUGAUGAGGUGAGGCUUGUAGACUCUAUGGUGAAGCACAGUUCAUCCGCAGUUGAUGCCACAACUACUUUUGUUCAGAUCAAGGAAUUCUGGACCAAGCUGAACUGGCCAGAUAAAAAUGGAGCAUACGUUUUUGUUGCCAAGGUUACAGAUGAUAUUCGUCAGGGAGCUGUAGAUUAUGCAAACAUCAUCCACAGAAAGCUGAAUGAGAACAAGUUCUAUGAUGAUGAGGGUCGCUUUGACGUUACAGAUCAGCUCUGCAUAGCAGUCAACAACAUUGAGCAGGUAAGACGCUACCUCUCCAGCCUCCCCGUCCAGCUCGACUUUGAGCGCGUGCUUGACGGUCUCCUCAUCGAGCACGGUUCAGUGGGGUCAGAGCAGUGCGGACUGACCCUCCAUACCAUGCUGGCCAGUGCGGACGAGGACAUGCUGAAUGUGAUCGGUAAGGUGGUCAGACACGUCGGCCAGAAGAUGGAGCCUGACUUCAGGAAGUACACAGCACCGCUCAUGUCGGCUCCACCCGAGUCCAACCUUGAUGAUGUGAUAACACCUUUAAUGGAGUAUCUUGAUAGCAAUCUUAUCACGCUACACAGCUGUCUAUUGAAAGCUAACUUCCAAAGAAUUCUGGAAGAGCUGUGGCUUGUUGUCUUGAAUAUCCUGAAAGAGAUGGUCAACAGUGGCUACAAGACACUUAAUCAACAUCCUCUGAUUGGGCAGAGAAUGCAUGAUGCUUAUGAUGUGAUUGGUAAUUUCUUCCAUGCGGAAGGAAAGGGUCUACCCAUGAAAGUGAUUGAGUGUCAAGCGUUCAAGGAAGCCAUGGGCAAACUCGGCAAGUUUGGUACCUCCACAAAGAGACUGAUUGAAGACUACCUCAUGGCUAGGGGCAUGCAGCAGGAAGCAGCGAACCAGUCUGAUUCUCCCCUAGGAACCCUUACAAUCAAGUGCAAUUAUAAACAGAGUCAGCAGAAACUCAGAGUCAGGGUCAUGAAUGCUACUCAAAUCAGACCUAUGGAUGACAAUGGUUUGAGUGAUCCGUACGUGAUAGUGUACCUACAGCCUCACCACGUCUUUCCUCAGACUCACUUCCAGAAAACACAGGUCAUCAAGAAGACGUUGCAUCCGCUCUUUGACGAGACCUUUGAAUUCAACGUGCCUAACAACCAAGUGUUAUCUUACGGCGCUACCGUCCACUUUGUCCUCAUGGACUAUGACUUUCUCAAGAAUGACUUCGGUGGUGAGGCGUACCUGCAGAUAAACGAUGUCCCUGGUGUUCAUGGCAAGAAGAGCAAGAACCUCGGUGAAGAAUCACCCAUCUUACUUCAUCUUCUACCGGGUGUUACUAAAGAGGAUGAAGCAUGGAUGUACGUCCAGACUCUCAAGGAGAGGUCUUCAGACAAAGAAGCAGCCGAGUUCCUCAAGCUUCAUAAGAUAAAGUGAGCCAGGAGAAACAUAGCUAUUCCUACGCAGCAAGUUAGAGUAGACAGUCUUUGUACAACUCAUUUCAACAUGAUUGCCAUGGUCCUAAAGCCUGAUGAUUGCCUAUAUUGCCAUUCCUGAUGGAAAGAAAAGACAGAAGCAAAGCUUGCCAGAAUACAGCUUCGCACCUUUGUUGACUCUAUACGCAAGCAGGCAUCCAUCAAGACAUUUUCACAUGUCUUGUGUUGAGGUCAAAUUUAUAUGUCAUUGUAAAAUGUAUUAUAGUACAUGGAUUAAAAACAUGCAAGGGUAUCUAAUUCAAUUACCUGUUUUGCCCUGGGAAGGGAACUGACUAUUUGUAAUCCCCCACAAAAACAUUCUAGCUACAAUGUAACUUCUGGGACCCGUUUCACAAAGCCUUUUUUGAAUGAAAAAUGACAAAAGUCAGUGAUAACCAAUCAGAAGCAAGGAUUUCAGUAGCUUAUAACAAAAUCUGUCAUUUGUCCCUGAUGAUAAGUUUUGUGAAACACCCCCCAGAUGUUGGCUUGGUCGUGCCUCCCAGGGCAUGGAGAGGGGUAAAUUCUUUAUUUUGUGUUCAUCGUCAAAUUGGCAACCCUUCACUAUGAAAGUAGAGAAUGUAUGCAUAUUUCCUUACCUUUUGUGCUCUGUCUACUGUAGGUGUUAAUAUGAUUAUUUCAUAUCCCCACACUUCUAGCCAGGAAGACAGAAAAACUCACAAAUACACCGAAAUCUUUCUUGUCCAAUGUGAAUCGUGCAUGUCCUGAAAAGCUUGAACUGUACAUGUACAUGUAUGUGCAAAUUCAUUGCUAUGAGGCGAAGCCUGUACAUUAAGUUUAAGUUUGUGACAUUAUGGACAGACAUAACGGCCCGAAUUCACAAAGGAGGUUUGUCGACAAACCUUUGUUUGUCGACGCGUUUUUACACGUUUUUCACAAACCUGGUUUGUAAAGAACAAAAGGAGGUUUGUCGACAACCCUCCUUUGUGAAUUCUGGCCAACGUGUUUUUAGCACCAUUUCCAAUAUCCAUGUAGAGGUGAAGUAUAUGUACAUGUAUGUAGUGUCAUACGUUUGUUUUAUGAUUCCCUUUGUAAAUACAAUACAUGGUGUAAAGUUCUUACAACACUGAAUAAGAUUCUUGAUGUCUUUCAAAUUAUAUACAUAGAAACUAUUACAAAGGGUUUGCUUACUUAUAUUUUUGCCAAAAAAACAUUAUGACUUAAUUUUUCUUGAAUGAAUGAAUUUAUAUAUAUUUCUUGGUUUGAAAAUACAUGUACAUUGUUGUGUAUUUGCAUGUAGCUACCCAUAGUUCAUACUUCAUUAAAUGAUCAAAGAAGAGCAUCACAAGAACCAAUACACUAUACUUGAUUGAACUUAAGAGAGAUUGUCAUUGAAGCCAUUUUCAAGGGAUCUUUAAAAUGCUUAUGCAAUUGUUAGUGACAGAUACAUGUAUAGUUGGUAUUGCUGUGCCCUUAGAGUGCCUUAGAUUUCAUUCCUAGUAGGAUUGUGCUUUGAGUUAAUAUCUUGAGAGUGCUGCCAAAGAUAGAUAAGUGCUGUGCCUAAUGUCAUCAUUAUACUCUAUGUGAUUGUGUUAUCAUCGGUUUGGAGGAAGAUUAGGGUGUUCACUUUUAUCCCGACAGAAAUUGAAGAUUAUUUUGAAGGAAAAAAAUGUGACAUGAAUAUGUGUUUUGAUUCUGAUCCACUUGGUUAUCUCAACCUUAGGUAUUAUAUGUAGCUGAAACCCUUUUUGGAGUCCAAGUUGGUCAAGACUGAAAAUACUAUUUUUGUGCCAAGUACGGUCUUUCAUUUGAAUCAACAUU